CUGGCUGCGCCGUUGCUGAGGGGAGGAGGAGGAGGGGCCUCCAUCUUUAUCUCUUUGUUUCAAACCCUUUAAACUCGUUACUACCGUUUUCAGUUCAUGUGUUUAUUGGUGCGCUUCCGGGCGGGUAGCCCUUGGUAAGCACCGGAGGAGGUGUGAGCGGUGUCUCAGCGGAAAGGGCAGGCCUCGGGCGGCGGCGGGAGGAGGCGGACACCGGGAGAAUGAAGCGGCGGAAUGCGGACUGCAGUAAACUUCGGCGCCCGUUAAAACGGAACCGAAUUACUGAUGGAAUCUACGGCAGUACCUUUCUGUAUCUGAAGUUCCUCGUUGUCUGGGCGCUUGUGUUGCUGGCGGACUUUGUACUGGAGUUUAGAUUUGAGUACCUGUGGCCUUUUUGGCUGUUCAUCAGAAGUGUAUACGACUCCUUCAGAUACCAAGGCUUGGCCUUCUCAGUAUUUUUUGUAUGUGUAGCAUUCACAUCAGAUAUAAUAUGUCUCCUAUUUAUACCAGUGCAAUGGCUAUUUUUUGCAGCAAGUACCUAUGUUUGGGUACAAUAUGUGUGGCACACAGAAAGAGGCGUGUGUUUACCUACAGUCUCGCUGUGGAUACUUUUCGUGUAUAUCGAAGCAGCAAUUAGGUUUAAAGACCUGAAGAACUUUCAUGUAGAUCUAUGUCGUCCAUUUGCUGCACACUGUAUUGGAUAUCCUGUAGUCACUUUAGGCUUUGGGUUUAAAAGCUAUGUCAGUUAUAAAAUGCGGUUAAGAAAGCAGAAAGAAGUACAGAAGGAGAAUGAGUUUUAUAUGCAGCUCCUGCAGCAGGCACUACCCCCAGAGCAGCAGAUGUUACAAAGGCAAGAAAGGGAAGCAGAAGAAGCCGCCAAGGGUUUAUCUGAAAUGGAUUCUUCGAUACUGUUACAGCACAAUGGACUCUCUUCAAAUAAAAAAAUUUCCAGCACAUUGCCAGAGCUGGAGUACAAAGAAAAGGGCAAAGACAAGGAUGUGAAAAGACACAAUUUGGGGAUUAACAACAACAUCCUUCAGCCCACAGACUCUAAAGUACAGGAGAUUGAAUAUAUGGAAAAUCAUAUCAACAGUAAACGACUAAAUAAUGACUUGGGGAGUACAGAGAACCUUUUAAAGGAGGACAUGUGCACUACUUCCUCUAAGAACUACAAGAACACCACAGGGACUGCUAAUUCAUCUCCUCGGAGCCACAGCUCCUCAAAUGGGACUAUCCCUUCCUCAAUGUCCAGCAAGAAUGACAAGAAGAAAUGCACUAGUAAGAGUCCAAGCAUGCACAAAGACCCAACAGAGAACUGUAUUCCUAACAACCAGCUUAGUAAGCCUGACACGCUAGUAAGGUUGGAACAGGAUGUAAAGAAAUUAAAAGCAGACCUGCAGGGCAGCAGACAAAUUGAACAGGAUCUCCGCAGUCAGAUCAAUGUACUAACAAGCACGGAGCGGGGAAUUCGAAAUGAAAUAGGGCAGCUCAGGCAGGAAAAUGAGCUGCUGCAAAACAAAUUACAUAAUGCUGUUCAGAUGAAGCAGAAGGACAAGCAGACGAUCAGUCAGCUGGAGAAGAAGCUAAAAGCAGAGCAAGAAGCUCGAGCAUUUGUAGAGAAGCAGCUCAUGGAGGAGAAGAAGAGGAAGAAAUUAGAAGAAGCCACAGCAGCAAGAGCAGUCGCGUUUGCAGCAGCUAACAGAGGUGAAUGUACAGAAACAUUAAGAAGUCGAAUUCGAGAUCUUGAGAGUGAAUGUAAAAAGUUAUCAAUAGACCUGAAACUAAAAGAAGACCAGAUAAGGGAACUGGAGUUAAAAGUUCAGGAGCUCCGCAAGUACAAAGAAAAUGAAAAAGAUACAGAGGUGUUAAUGUCUGCACUUUCAGCCAUGCAGGAUAAAACACAGCACUUAGAAAAUAGCCUCAGUGCAGAAACCAGAAUCAAGUUGGAUUUGUUCUCUGCACUAGGUGAUGCAAAAAGACAGCUGGAGAUUGUCCAAGGACAAUCUCUUCAGAAAGAUCAAGAAAUCAAAGACCUCAAACAGAAGAUUGCAGAAGUAAUGGCUGUGAUGCCCAGCAUUGCAUACACUGCAGGGACAAGUACCCUAAGCCCAGUUUCCCCACACUACUCUUCCAAGUUCGUGGAGACUAGCUCAUCUGGGUUGGACCCCAAUGCAUCAGUUUACCAGCCACUGAAGAAAUGAAUGCCAGCUGCCAUCAGCCCACCCAAUCCCCCCUCCCUCCCCCACAAAUUUUGUCUGACUGGAGUCAACAUGCAAAAGCAUCUGUUGCAAUUAAAGAUGGAAUUGUAUUACAAGAACUGUAUUUGUGUUAACUUAAAAUGAAAAAAAAAAAAAAAAAAAAGCUGACGGCACCAUGUUGCAAUAGGAUGAGCGCAGUGUUUUAUUUCCAUUUGGUCUUUUUUUUAAAUAAACCUCACAGAAUUUUGCAGUUCAUCCUUUAGCAAAUCCAUCUGUGAUUCACUUGAGUUUAACCAUUGAAUGGCAUUUCUUAUUGUGCAUAAUCUGUAAUUCAUGUCCUAUUGGUCAUCGAUUGAAUUUUCAAACAACAUAAUCUAGGCUUCGAGGAAUAGCUCACGAGAUGGAGGGCUCGAUCGAAAACUGUAGUUAAAAUGCAAAGAACCAUUGUAACUGACACAAACCUGUUUUAAAGGUUUCUGAGAUGAACAGUACAUAGUCCCCAUUCCCCCUCGGAGACCAUCAUGAAUUGAUUUUUAUCUGUGCAUUCUGCUAAAGAAUCAAUAUACAGUCUAGGGAAUACAAAGCAACCAUAACUGUGUCUUCAUUGCAUUUCAGUGGUAAAUCCAGACUGCAUGAUUACUAUAGGGAUGUCAUUGACAAAAGUACUGCCCAUUAAGUGUGGUACAUUUGAAAACCUCCAUGUUUUUGCUCCUAUAAUUUUUAUGUUAAGGGGUUGUCCAGGAUUUUGCUAUUGAUGGACGAUCAUCCGGGUAGGACGCUCUGUACCCCAGCAGUCAGCUGUCUUGUAGCUUCAGCUCUGGAACCACACAAUUCUGUCUACUGUGUAUAGUGGACGUAGCUGGUACCUGCAGAACUGCUUCCAUUCACUUCACAGUUAC